AUGCUGAAAAUGACUUCUACUCAAUAUGCCAAGGAAUUUGUAAACUUCUUAAACGCUUCUCCAUCACCAUAUCAUACUGUUUAUAAUAUCAAGAACCAUUUAAUUUCUAAUGGUUUUAAGGAAUUAUCUGAACGUGACCAAUGGAAUGGUAAAGUCGAAAAAUUGGGGAAAUAUUUUGUUACAAGAAAUAAUUCUUCAAUUAUUGCCUUUAUUGUUGGUAACAAUUGGAAGCCUGGUAAUCCAAUUGCCAUCACCGGUGCUCAUACUGAUUCACCUGUCUUACGUAUUAAACCAAUUUCUAAGCGUACUACGGAAAACUUUCUACAAAUUGGUGUCGAAUGUUACGGUGGCGGAAUUUGGCAUUCUUGGUUUGAUUCAGAUUUAUCUGUUGCUGGUAGAGUAUUUGUAAAUGAUAAAUCUACGGGUAAACAUAUUUCAAAAUUAGUUAACUUAAAUAAACCAUUGUUGAAAAUCCCCACCUUGGCCAUUCAUUUGGAUAGAGGAGUAAAUGAAAAAUUUCAAUUUAAUAAAGAAUCUCAAUUAUUACCAGUUGGUGGCUUAUUAAAGGAAGACGAAAAAACUCAAGGCAAGGAAAAGUCACAUGAUUGUACAGGCAUUGAUACAAGCUCUAAGGAUGCCACUUUUAUUAAGUCUAUAAUUGAAAGACACCAUAAGGAUCUUUUGCAAUUAAUUGUAGAAGAUUUAUCAUUGGAAUCGAUUGAUUAUAUUGAAGAUUUCGAAUUGAUCUUAUACGACAAUAAGAGUUCCUGUUUAGGUGGUCUUCACGAUGAAUUUAUUUUUAGUGGCAGAUUAGAUAAUUUAACCUCAUGCUUUACAUCAAUGCAUGGGUUAACAGAAGCUACUAGUAAUUUAGAAAAUGAAUCAGGUAUUAGAUUGAUGGCUUCUUUCGAUCAUGAAGAAAUUGGUUCAUCAUCUGCUCAAGGGGCCGAUUCAAAUUUCUUACCAAAUAUUCUAGAAAGAAUUACUUCCUUGAAGUUUGAUAAAACUGAUAUAACCGAACCACUUGCAAAAUCUUUGAUUCUUGAAUCUUCUGCAAAAUCAUUCUUCUUAUCAUCGGACGUUUCACAUGGUGUUCAUCCAAAUUAUGCAUCAAAACAUGAAUCCAAUCACAAACCACUUCUAGGAAAAGGCCCUGUAAUCAAAGUUAAUGCAAACCAACGUUACAUGACUAACUCACCAGGUAUUGUAUUAAUUAACCAAAUUACUAAAGAAGCCAAAGUUCCCUUACAAUUUUUUGUAGCUGCCAAUGAUUCUCCAUGUGGUUCGACAAUUGGUCCAAUUUUAGCUUCAAAAACAGGUAUUAGAACAUUAGAUCUUGGUAAUCCAAUUCUAAGUAUGCAUUCGAUUCGUGAAACAGGUGCUUCAAACGAUAUUGAAUAUCAAAUCAAAUUAUUUAAAACAUUUUUCGAACGUUAUUCUCAAGUAGAAGAAUCAAUUGUUGUUUAG